CAGUGAGAAAUCUAUCCAGUCAGUCGCAUGCUUGUGUGGUUAAAAACGAAGAUGCAUUACCUCCCUGUCACUUUGCUAACAUUCUUGAGCAUAUUAUCUCAAGUGUUAGGAGGUAAAGUGUUGGUAUUUCCACUGGAUGGAAGUCACUGGGUGAACAUGAAGGUCCUGAUCGAGGAAUUACACUCACGAGGUCACAACGUGACGGUGCUUAGAGCCUCCAACAGCUGGUAUAUCAAGGAAGAGUCUCCUUUCUACACCUCCGUCACUGUUUCUAAUAGCGGUGGCAUUGAAAAGGAGCUGCUUGAUACAUUUACAAGACAUAUUCUGGUCAUCAGAAGAGAAAAGUUGUCCAUCUGGACUCACCUCGCAUUGGCUUCCGAGGUUGGAAUGGUAUUUGAAGAGAUGCAUUGCAAUCAACUUGCCUUCAUUGGAAAAAUAUUUGAAAAUAAAGACUUAAUGGAUUCACUUCAUACCGCAAAGUAUGACCUGGUUCUGACAGAUCCGGCUUUUGGAGGCGGAGUUUUCCUGGCCCAUCGUCUUGCCCUCCCUCUUGUGCUAAAUGUCCGUUGGACGAUACAUGGAGAAGCACAUUACGAAAUAGCUCCUUCACCUCUGUCGUAUGUUCCUGUACCCGGUGUAGAGCUGACUGAUAAGAUGACGUUUGCUCAACGAGUGCAGAACGUAAUGGCAUACUUGUUUUUGCUUUAUCACAAAACCAGGUUUAUCUCCUCACACUACCAGUCCUUCUGCAACAAAUACUUUGGAUCAGAAAUCAACUACAAAUACCUUCUUUGGGAUGCCGACAUCUGGCUCAUGAGAAAUGACUUCACGUUUGAGUUUCCACGACCCACAAUGCCAAAUAUCGUCUAUAUGGGCGGCUUCCAGUGUAAACCAGCCAAGCCACUUCCAGCUGAUCUUGAGGAGUUUGUGCGGAGCUCAGGAGAUCAUGGAGUCAUCGUCAUGUCCCUAGGAACUCUUUUUAGUCAUCUUCCACAAGACAUCACUGAGGAAAUUGCUGCCGCUUUUGCCAGACUGCCUCAAAAAAUAAUUUGGAGACACACUGGACCUCGACCUGUCAACAUUGGUGAUAAUACAUUACUUGUUGACUGGUUACCCCAAAAGGACCUGCUUGGACAUCCACAAACUAAAGUGUUUAUAACACAUGGAGGCACCAAUGGAAUUCAGGAAGCCAUCUAUCAUGGGAUUCCCAUUUUGGGUCUACCUAUAGUAUUUGACCAACCUGACAAUCUCUUCAGGAUGCAAGCAAAGGGAACAGCAAAGAUUGUAGAUAUUGCGACUCUGGACAGGAAUGUGUUUCUAGAGGCAUUAAAAGAGGUUCUGCAUAACCCAUCUUACAGGGAGAACAUGCAGAGACUGUCCAGACUGCAUCACGACCAGCCAAUGAAACCUCUUGAUCGUGCCAUCUUCUGGAUUGAGUUUGUCAUGAGGAAUAGAGGAGCCCCUCAUUUACGAACACAGUCUUUCAGAAUGUCCUGGAUUGAGUACUACUCUAUAGAUGUUAUUUUGACUCUUUUGAUGAUAUUUGUGCUGUUUUGUUUUGUGAUCUACUCUAUCAUAAAAUAUCUUUGUUUUAAAGUAGUAUUUAAAAAGAAAAUUAAAUUUGAGUGAUUGAAUACUUA